AUGAAUCAACGAGAUAUCCAAGAGAGCAAGGAGGGUGGUGAACAAGGAGAAAGCAAGUGCCAUCAUCAACCUUGCUUAAUAUUUCCUGAUGAUAUAUUGAGGAUUAUAUUUUCAAGACUGGAUUUGGUCGACAGAAUCCGCAUGCGUAUGGUUUGCAAGGAUUGGCGACGACUCAUGAGCGAAAUUCCUUAUCAACUUCAGGGUAAGUCGCCAUGGAUAUUGAGUUAUGAUAUUCGUGAUAUGAAAUAUCUUUAUGCUCGUCCAAUUUGCAAACUCACAGACCCAGUUUCUAAAAAAACUUACAUCAUUAAAAUCUCUAAUGAAGCAAGAAAACUCUUUCUUGAUGCAAUCUCUUGUGCUUCAAAAUUCGGUUGGGUGCUUCUCUCACAACGAGUUCCUAAUCAUGGUUCUAAAAGGCAAAGCUUAUGCUUCUGGAGGUUUUUUGUGUAUUGUCCUUUUAAUAACAAAUUCAUCAAGCUACCUAGGUGGGAUGGUGAUUCUUAUACAGGAGCCACGUUUUCCACGGAUCCAACAUCCCCAGAUUGCAUCUUCUUCAUAUUUGAGAUUAAAGGGGGUGGAUCGUUGAAAGCCCUCAUUAGUAUAUGUCGCAUUGGUGACAAGAAGUGGACGAAGUUGAAAUUUCAUGUUCCUGAAGAAUAUAACAGUGAUAUUCAUCCAUGGGGGAACUGGGAAGUUGCAUACGAAAAUGGGUUGUUCUAUACAGUUUCAGUAACUGGCCUAGUAGGUGUGUUUGAUGUUAAGCUCCAGGAAUGGAAAUUGCUAACAAGCAGCAGCCAAUUUAGAUUUGCUCGCACAUGUUACGUUAUUGUUUCCCAGGAAGAACUAUUCAUGGUACGCAAAUUCAAGAUAUAUUAUGGCUUUAUUUGGAUGAUGUGGAGGUUUGAUAUGGUGCAAAAGCAAUGGGUGGAGGAAGAGAAAUGCAACUGGGAAAAUCAAGUGUUAUUUCUUGGAUGCACAUCAUUCUCAGCUGAAGCAGUGGGAGAAUUGAGCACAUAUGCUAACAUGAUAUAUUUUGAAUGUGAUAGGCCAAAUUACUAUUCUUCCUUGAGCUCUGGCGAGAUCGAUUUCGACUAUAGAUUUUUUGGGAGGGUCAUAUCAAAAACCAAGUGUGGGAAAACUUGGAUUCAGCCUCCUAUAUUUUUUUGGUCACUAGCAAGGACUAAUUGUUGACUGUUUUCCUUGGCUCUGCUCAUUUGAUUUUUAGAUGUUCAUUCGAGGAAUGUUGUUUCUCUAGUUAAUUGCUGUUAAUGCUAAUGCUAGAUCUUUCUUCCUUA